AUGGGUAUCAAGAGAAAAUCUACCACUGGUAUUAAGGAUCAAAGACCCCCCAAGCUUUCUACGAAAGCAAGCUCGAAGAAGAAGCAAGAGGAUGAAUUAUCCACAUCUUCUUCUAGUUCGGAGUCUGAAUCAGGUUCCAAAGGUAAGGCUGGUAAGAAGUCCGGAGCCAAGGAGGAGUUGAGUACUGACAGUAGCUCUGAGUCCGAUGACUCUAGUGAAAGUUCAAGCUCUGGCAGCAGUGAUUCUGAAUCUGAAGAUUCCAGCUCCAGCUCCAGCUCCAGCUCCAGCUCCAGUUCUAGCGACUCCAGCUCCGAUGAGUCCAGUAGCAGCGAUUCCAGUGACAGUGACAGUGACAGCGGAUCAGACUCGAGCGAGUCCAGCGAUAAUGAAGAAGAAAAGAAGACCGAGUCUAAGGAAAAGAAGGCCGAAUCUAGUUCCAGUGAAUCCAGCUCUGAAUCCAGUUCUGAUGAAUCCAGUUCUGAUGAGUCUAGUUCUGAUGAAUCCAGUGACAAUGAAGAGGAGAAGAAAACCGAGUCUAAGGAAAAGAAGACCGAAUCUAGUUCCAGUGAAUCUAGUUCCAGUGACUCCAGCUCUGACUCCAGUUCUGACGACUCCAGUUCUGAUGAAUCCAGCGACAAUGAGGAGGAGAAGAAAACCAAGUCUAAGGAAAAGAAGGCCGAAUCUAGUUCCAGUGAAUCCAGCUCUGAAUCCAGCUCUGAAUCUAGUUCUGAUGAAUCUAGUUCUGAUGAAUCCAGUGACGAUGAAGAUGAGAAGAAAACUGAGUCUAAGGAAAAGAAGACCGAAUCUAGCUCCAGUGAAUCUAGUUCCAGUGACUCCAGCUCUGACUCCAGUUCUGAAUCCAGCUCUGAUGAAUCCAGCUCUGAUGAAUCCAGCUCUGAUGAAUCCAGCGACAAUGAAGAGGAGAAGAAAACCGAUCCUAAGGAAAAGAAGGCUGGAUCUAGUUCCAGUGACUCCAGUUCCAGUGACUCCAGUUCUGAGGAGUCUAGCGACAGUGAAUCCAGCGACUCAGACUCAAGUGAAUCUAGCGAUAAUGAAGAAGAAAAGAAAUCUGAUUCGAAGGAAAAAAAAUCCAAUUCAGACUCAGGAUCCAGUGAUAGUGAUAGUGAUAGUUCUAGCUCUAGUAGCUCAGUUUCUAGUGACUCGGAUUCCAGCGACUCAGAUUCUAGUAGCUCAGAUUCAGACUCCAGCAGCUCAGACUCAGACAGCGACUCUAGCUCAGACUCAGACAGCGAUUCCAGCUCAGACUCAGAAAGCGACUCUAGCUCAGACUCAGACAGCGACUCUAGCUCAGACUCAGAUAGCGACUCCAGUUCAGGCUCAGAUAGCGACUCCAGUUCAGGCUCAGAUAGCGACUCCAGCUCAGACGAUUCCAAGGACCAAUCCAAGGACAACUCUACAUCAGAAGAUUCAUCAAAAAAGAAUAACAAGAGGAAAUCAGAAGAUGAGAGUAGUCAAAACAACAAGAAACACAAAACGGAGUCAUCAUCAAAUGACGAAUCAGAUUCCUCUAGAACAGAGACUCCAGAAUCUAACGACAACAGUAAUGGUAAUAAUAAAGCGUUCAUUCCUGCAGGUAAAGAUGAAGUAAAACCAGGUCAGAGGAAACAUUUUUCAAGGAUAGAAAGAGAAAAAGUAAAUUUUGAAGCUUGGGAACUAACUGAUAAUACAUAUAGAGGUGCCGCUGGUACUUGGGGUGAACAAGCAAAUGAGAAACUCAGUAGAGUAAGAGGUAAAGAUUUUACGAAGAACAAAAACAAACUAAAGAAAGGUUCUUACAGAGGGGGUAGUAUUACUCUGUCCAGCGGAUCUUAUAAAUUUGAAGAUUGA